AUGUUAGCAGACAUAUUGAUGUGGAAUAAAAGAACACCUUGGUUCCUAAUUGAUUACUCCAAGUCGCUAUCUGAAGUAUAUCAGGAUGCUGUCAAAUAUUUCAUCAACCGGGAUCGGAAUUUCGCUAUUCUAGCUGCCUUACUCACGCACCGCAGUACGGUAUCAGAUGAAGAUUUGCCAUACUGGGUGCGAGAUUGGCGCGUCCCCCUUGAACAAAUUUCUUCGUUUAAUGAGAAAGAUCUUCUUCGCGCUCACGGCUACAUCAUGUGCACUGUUACUCGGGGCCAUGAACAUUCUGCCUGUGACAUUAACAUGAUUUUCACACUUCCGCAACUCAAUGACGAAGAAGACGAGGAAUAUAUGGAAGCGAGGCGGGAAGGGAGAGUGCCUCUACGUGAAGCACCAUUCGACCCCCGACAACACAAGACCAAAACUGGCAUCACAAAUACCGGAACGAGCUGUUAA